UUCUUCUCGUCGACCAUGGAGAGACGGCAGCAGCAGCAGCAGAAUCCUCGUCGGAACCCCUCUUCUUCUUCUUCUUCUUCUUCUUCAAGCCACUCAUCCAACCACAGGUGGCGAUAUCGACCUCCUCCCAACAGGACCGGCGGCGAUGCUCGAGCGCGUCAUCGCAAAGAUUCGUACCUCGUCGAUUCCGGAGACGCGACGGCGCAUGCCUCCGAGGCCGUCGCCGGGAGCUCAACGGGCAAUCGGGAGCGGCGAGAACAGCGCCGGCGUGAUCAGGAUCGAGAGGAUGGGCGAGACUGUGGUGAAUUCGCGUCCGUAGUCGGGACUUGCCCUUACAUGUGCCCUGUGGGGGAGAUGGCCCAGCGUGAACGGUUACGCGAUUUAGCUGUGUUUGAGAGGUUGCAUGGUAAUCCGGUGAAAACAUCUCCCGAACUUGCUGUCAAAAAGUUUUGCAGGACAAUAUCCACGAAGCAUGUGCAGUUAUCGGAUAUACGACCUUUUUCAGUGUUGGGAAGCACUCUAGAUUACCUUAUGGGCUUGAUGAAUUCUACACCAGAGCCUUUUGAAACAGUUCAUGACUUCAUAUUUGACAGAACGCGUUCCAUAAGACAAGACCUGAGCAUGCAGAAUAUAGUUGACAAAAGAGUGAUUCAUAUGUACGAGAAAAUGGUUAAUUUUCAUGUCAUUUCUCACCACAAGCUUAGAGUUAGUAGCAGUGGACCCAACAGUUUCAAUAUCUCUUCAUUGCAUCACCUCAAUAGGGAGCAGCUAGCGAAGGUGUUGACAUCUUUAUACAAUCUUUAUGAUCUGAAUCGAGAUCCUAACUCUAUGCACAAGAACGAACCAGAGUAUCGCUCACUUUAUGUGCUGCUUUGUCUCAAUUCUGAAAGCCUUCCAGAGGGUGAGAGACUUUCUUUGUUCUUUCGUCGUGUGCCUACUCCUGUUAUCAAGUCUAAAGAAAUGUCUUUCGCGAGAAGAAUUUUGAGAUAUUUCAGGACGGGCAAUUAUAACCGCUUCUUUAGUACCAUAGCAGCUGAGGCGUCCUAUCUCCAGUAUUGUGCCCUCGAACCUUAUAUUGAUAAGGUUCGAGCUCUGGCUGUUUUAUGCAUUAAUAAUGGCGGCUACAAGCUUCAUCCAUACCCGAUAGCUCAUCUAUCUAAUCUCCUGAUGAUGGAGGAAUCAGAAGUGGAGUCGUUCUGCAAUGCAUGCGGCCUUGAGACCUCCAUAGACGAACAGGGAAAUAAGGUUUUACCCACCAAACAGCCGGCCUUCAAUCAUCCAAAGGCAGGACACGAGACGUAUGGCUUUUCGGGUUUGGAAAAUAUUUGCAGGGGGAGAGAAGCUGAAGAGAAUGUCUGAAACAUUGAUCCAUUCAUCUAGGGGUCACUUACUCUUACAGGACUCUCUGAAUUGCCGGCAAGUAACGACAAAUUCAGAAGCGUAGGAUCUUCUAUGGCCAUUCGAUAUCUUCAGGUCACAAGAUCCAACCCGAGGGGCAAAAGUUCAAUAGGACGUCCUUCUCACAUGUUCUCAUCGCUUGCCAUCCCAAAGAGCUCCUAAACCUGAUUCAACUCAAAGGUGUACUCCUCCAGGCUACCCUUUGGCUUACUGACGAUCCUCACUUCAUCUCCGAGUCUAGGAAUGAAGAAAAUAAGCUCCCUACCUUCGAAAUUUGCUUGCUAUAAUUAUCGGCUCUUCAAAUGGCUUUGAUCCGAAUCAAUAUGUUGUGUCACAUCCGUCAGCUGUGCGUUGGUGAAGUACAUGACUGCCCCAAUAGUUUGACUAUGUAUGUCCGUACUGUGCUAAUAACAGAUUGGUCUUCCUUGUUCUGAUUA